CACCACAAGGCUCUGGGGCCUAGGCUCACCAUUGCCAUGCUGGAAAUCAGCUCCCCUUCCCCCUCCUGCUGGGGCUCCCUCCCCUCCCUGAACAUCACCCGCCACAUCCCAGGGCCACUGACCACACAGAAGCUUCAAGACCUCCUCAGGGGCCUCAGAGAUGUUCUUCAAAGCGUGGCAGCCCUCAGGGGAGUCGAAGAAGCAAAAGAAUCUUCUGAGGAAACCAAGAUUUCUAAAGAUGGGCCAGAACAUCAAGAAAAAGCCGGAGGACUGGAUAAGGCUGAUAGAGUGGUGUCGGAAAACCUGCUGAUUUGUUUAGACCUAGGGGAGAAAUAGGGGCUCGUAUUGGAAAACCAGAACCCUAAGAAUGCUGGACACCUUUCUGCAAGGGAUUGGGAGAAGCAUCCGGAAGGCAAAAGAGCCCUUACCAGAGCUCAGCUGAGUAAGGAAGGAGGAGAAGGGUCCCUUGGGGUCCAAGAAGAAAAUGCUAAACUCCAGGACAACAUGGAGCAGCUCCUGCAGGAAGCAGAGCACUGGAGCCAGCAGCAUAUGGAGCUCAGCGAACUCAUCCGAUCCUACCAGCAGUCUCACAGGGUCAGGUGGGCAGCUCUGGACAGCCAGGCCCAGCUCCAAAGCCAAGCACACAGCCACGUGUCUGCCCAGCAGACGCUGGAGGAGGCGGUGAGAAGGCUGAACCACGACACCCACGCCCUACACCUGGUCACGGCCCUGCUGGAGAACCAGUGUCAGAUCCUACAGCACAGAGUGCAGACCCUCAAGGAGUCCUACCGGGCCUGGCAGGGGACGUCCCCUGAGAAGCCACUGCAAAGAAACCACCCACAGGCCAAGAGAACCCAGGCACCACCAGAAGCAGAGCGCAUAGAAAGCAGUGGGCAGAGCUUGCCUUGCCUGCCAGGAGCCUUUCAGAAGAAAGAGCAGGUCUGCAGGAGCUCAGACUCUUGUCUGAACAAGAAAACUCACAACCAGUUCAACACUCGAAUUGCAAGAGCUCUCAUGGGAAGAAAGAGGCCAGCCAGCGGCUUCAGGUAGGAAACCCCAAAAGCAGACGAAGAGAGGAACCUUCCAAAACAACAUCUCACCCUCCAGCUUCAGCAAGUCAAUCAUCAGACCUGGGAUAGGUCUUCUGGCUGAACAUGAAAGAGCUGUGUAUUCAGAAGACGCGCCCUUUCAUCAGUCGUUAUCUCAGUGGCACUGUUAGGCUGAUCCCUGGCGAACAGGGGAGGCAUCGGGGUUACAGCUCCUCCUCACCUGUACAACUGACGUGGCGUUUGUGGGUGUUAGAUAGAGGUCCUGUGGCACAUUAAUGGAGAGAGAGAUGUCGCUGGUUCAAUUAAGAUCUAAAUAAAAAACAAUAAAAAGUAA